CAGACCUGGCAACCCUACUGACAACUACUGCACCUUGAGCUGUAGUAGAGAUGAAACGCCCGAUCACAACCAACAUUACUGACACGACUUUGGACGUGGGUAGUUCGUUCCUUUCCAUUCAGCUCUUCCUGUAAAAAGCGGAUGAAAUCAUAGAGAAACGGAUGACAGCAGAUUGAUCAAUAAUGUCAGGCAGGUAAAAAAAUUGCAUGGUUGAAGCCACUGAGAUGAGCGACAGAGCCGAAAUAAGAGGGCCCGUAACCCGCCGGAGGAGGACAACCAUCUCCGGAGGUGGCAGCGGAGCGGUCAGCGUCAAACAAGCCAACGGGAGCAAGGGGCACAAUGCCGCGGAGAAACCCCCACAGUAUCCCGCUAAAGCCAAAAGAGACGUGCAUGCAAGUAAUAACGGCAAGGUAGACGCAUUGAUGGGGGUGUCAGGGCAGCAGCAGCUCGCCGACACUCCGAAGAAACACAGGAGUGCAGUGGAAGAUAUCAAUGAGAGACUCAGCUGUCAUGUCCUCCAGGAGUCUCUCUUGAGUUCAGCCAGUGGCUACAGCAACUACAGAGGAAUCCUCAACUGGUGUGUUGUCAUGUUGGUGCUGAGUAAUGCACGCCUCUUCUUGGAGAACAUUAUAAAGUAUGGUAUCUUGGUAGAUCCUAUUCAAGUAGUGUCUCUCUUCCUGAAGGACCCCUAUAGCUGGCCUGCAGCUUGCCUCAUCAUUGUGUCUAAUGUGUUCGUCUUAGCAGCCUUGUGCAUUGAGAGGCGUCUGGCUGUGGGCACCAUUUCCGAAAUGACCGGACUGAUUCUUAACAUUUUCAACUUGGCAUCCCUGUUGAUCUUUCCAUCAGCCACUAUACUCACUGUGACCUCCAUGACCCCAGUGGGUGGUGUGCUCUCCCUAGGAAUCUACACAGUGCUGUUUCUCAAGCUGUACUCCUACCAAGACACCAACAGGUGGUGCAGACAAAUCAGACAAGCGAAAGCCAAGAGACUAACACGAUCAUACUCAUGUCCGUCUGUUGCACAGUCCAACGGCUCAGCGGUUCAUACCCAUGUCUCCUACCCAGGAAACCUCACCCACAGGGACAUGUACUACUUUGUCUUCGCCCCAACGCUCUGCUACCAGCUCAACUUCCCACGGUCACCUCGAAUACGCAAAAGGUUCCUGAUGAGAAGACUCUUUGAAAUGCUUUUCUUUAUGCAGCUGUUGGUGGGGCUGAUUCAGCAGUGGAUGGUUCCCACCAUACAGAACUCAAUGAAGCCAUUCCAGGAAAUGGACUUUUCUAGGAUGGUGGAGCGCCUGCUAAAGUUAGCUGUCCCUAACCAUCUGAUAUGGUUAAUAUUCUUCUAUUGGUUUUUCCACUCUUCUAUGAACUUUGUGGCAGAGCUCCUGCAGUUUGGAGACAGAGAGUUUUAUAAAGACUGGUGGAACUCUGAGACUGUCACAUAUUUCUGGGCCAACUGGAAUAUCCCAGUUCACAAGUGGUGCCUGAGACACUUCUAUAAGCCAAUGCUGAGGAAGGGGAUUAACAAGCUUCUGGCUCAAACUGCUGUCUUCCUGGUGUCCGCGUUCUUCCAUGAGUACCUGGUGAGUGUUCCUCUGAAGAUGUUCAGACUGUGGGCCUUUAUGGGAAUGAUGGCUCAGGUUCCUCUGGCUUGGUUUGUGAGCCGUUUCCUGAAUGGGAACUAUGGCAACGCCGCUGUGUGGAUGUCACUCAUCAUUGGCCAGCCCAUCGCUGUGUUGAUGUAUGUCCAUGACUACUAUGUCAUUCAUUAUGGGGGUACUACAUAGUUCUGGACAAACAUACACAUUUGUGCGAGUCAUGUUCAAUACACACACACACACACACACAGACGCAAACACACACACUAGUCUGCAGGACAACUCAGUGAGUGAGUCCCAAGCCAGUAAGGUGACUAAACUGUAAUAGGAAACCCUGCUAGUAUGAACCUGUCGGUAAACGGCAGAAAAGUGUUUUUCAAUUCUUGAUUUUCUCACCUGAUUGUGAAAUGAGCCACAGGAUGUCAGGAACUUAUUCUAACGACAUGAGUAGUGCUUGACUUAAAGAGGUAUUCUGCUUUAGUGGGACAAACAUACCUUUGUAGACAGCCUCUAGUAUUAGCAAAUCUCUGGAUCUGCGGUCAGCACCCACCUCUUAAUAUCUGUAUCUAGCAUUGGACAUUUAGACCUUAAACAAAUUACCCUGAACCCACAGCUGUUUAGCUGUUGUUUUCUGGAACCGGUGGUUGAAGACUCGUCAACUCAAAGGUUAAGUGCACUGAAUGAAGUUCCUCUGCUUGACUUUUAGCAGCAAGUUCUCGAACUGCUUUUAAGGUGGAAACACCUUUGGUAACCAGCACUCCUCAAGUUUUGGAAAGUGCACAGUCUUUCCCGUACAACAAAUGUGAACCACUGCCGAGCAAGCACAAGCCAGGACGGCAUCCUGCCUCUGUAGAGCCAAUGUGAACAUGUUGUUUCAAUAUCUGUGGUUCAGGAGUCACUUUCUAGUGCAUCCAAAGGAAACCGGGAUUGUGAAGCCAGUUUGUACAGCCUAAGGCUUUAAAAUUCCAAUUGCCAAAUUAUGAUGUCUCCAGGUCUUCAAAUUGACCACAGUAACGCUUUUCACAUGUGCUCUGUAUAAAUAACCAGUAACCAUAUCUUUUUGAUGUGCCGAAGUUGAGUAUUACGGAAAUGUAUAAUAAAAAGAUUUAUCAAACACAAAUGGUCAAAGGCAGGAGACUGAAGACAGAAGAGUGAGGAAGCUAAGAGUGAAGAAGAAACAGUUAAAUGAUGUUUCUGUCACCUUAUCUGUACAGUUAUAGAUCUCCAGGCAAACUCUCUUCAUUUUCUCAACAACAUCAAUGCAAGUUCUUAAUGUGACAUUACAUUCUACAGGUGUAUUGUUUGCCUUGGCUUUAUUGUCUUUAUUUGUGUUGCAAUUGACUUUAUUUUGUUUAAUUGAUUAUUGUUGGUAUGACUUUCUGCAUUUAUGUUGCCUUGAAAUUAUAAUUUAUGUUGUAUUUUAUUUUAAAUCAGUGAUUUAAUGCAGUAGUUGAUUUGCUGAUUUGAACCAAUGAAUGUUUUUGGCACUUUAAAGCAAUGCAUGUUGACUAAAGCAAUAGAUUUCUAUGAAUGUAUUUUUUAAGUUAUAUCAGCCAUGUAAGGAAAAUAUUGUUUGUUAAAUUAGUAAUUUGUAUGUUUUGUGAUCUGCUUGUUGAUAUUUUUUUUUCAUACAAGGUUCAUAUCAAAGUAACACGGCAGAUGCUGUGGUAAUAAUAAGAGUUUCAAACAUG